GGCCGGAGCCGCAGGCGGGGAAGGCGGCAGGAGGCUGGGCGAGUGAGGCCCCGGAGGGAGGCGGAGGCAGGCAGGCAGGAGACUCCCCCCCCCGCAGAUGCGCCCGCCCUCGGCCGCCCUGCCGCGCCAUGUCAUCCCCGCAGCUGCUGCGCAUUGAGCUCCCCAACUUCGGCAGCACCGUGCUGGGCGCCCUGAACGAGCAGCGGCUGCUGGGCCUCUACUGCGACGUGUGCAUCGUGGUGAAGGGCCAGGCCUUCAAGGCCCACCGCGCCGUGCUGGCGGCCAGCAGCCUCUACUUCCGCGACCUCUUCAGCGGCAGCGGCAAGAGCACCUUCGAGCUGCCCGGCUCCGUGCCGCCCGCCUGCUUCCAGCAGAUCCUCGCCUUCUGCUACACCGGCAGGCUCACCAUGGCGGCCAGCGAGCAGCUCGUGGUCAUGUACACCGCCGGCUUCCUGCAGAUCCAGCACAUCGUGGAGAAGGGCACCGACCUCAUGUUCAAAGCCAGCUCGCCCCACUGCGACUCCCAGACGGCCGCGAGCGAAGAGCCCGGCUCCGCGCCGCACAGCCCCACCAACCCCGCGCAGCAGCAGGCCGCCGCCCCCGGGCCCUACCUCGUCUCCCCGGCCCUGCCCAUCCCCCUGCUCAGCCGCGUCAAGCACGAACAGACGGAGCUGCCGCCCGCAGCCGCCAAGAGGGCCCUGGAGGCCCCUGCCCUGAAGUUGUCCCGCGUCUCCUACUAUGGAGUGCCCAGCCUCGCCUCUCUGCUCCCAAGCGCGCCCCCGGGGCCCUACUCGCAAGGGGAGCGCACCAGCCCCGGCGGCAGCAGCAGCAUCCCGACCACCGACAGCCCCACCUCCUAUCACAACGAGGAGGAUGAAGAGGAGGACGAAGCUUACGACACCAUGGUGGAAGAGCAGUAUGGGCAGAUGUUCAUCAAAGCCACGGGGGGCUAUACAGGGCCUCCAGAGAAACCAGAACAGGUGCCACUAGAGAGCCGCUCCUGUGUCCUCAUUCGCCGAGACUUAGUUGCUCUCCCAGCAAGUCUCAUCAGUCAAAUUGGAUAUCGGUGCCAUCCAAAACUCUACUCAGAAGGAGAUCCUGGAGAGAAACUUGAACUUGUUGCAGGUUCUGGUGUCUACAUCACCCGUGGGCAGCUGAUGAACUGUCACCUGUGUGCAGGUGUGAAACACAAAGUCCUCCUGCGGCGCCUCCUGGCAACAUUCUUUGACAGGAACACUUUGGCCAACAGCUGUGGGACAGGAAUCCGGUCUUCCACCAGCGACCCCAGCCGGAAGCCCCUUGACAGCAGGGUGCUCAAUGCCGUGAAACUGUAUUGUCAGAAUUUUGCUCCAAGUUUCAAGGAAAGUGAAAUGAACGUCAUUGCAGCUGACAUGUGCACAAAUGCCCGGCGAGUACGCAAGCGUUGGCUUCCAAAGAUAAAGUCCAUGUUGCCAGAGGGAAUGGAGAUGUAUCGCUCCGUCAUGGGUUCCACCACCAACAGUGUCCCUUUGGACCCUGAAUUCCAGCCCUCUACUGCUCAAACGUUUGAACAACGGAUCUUUGCAGAGAGGAGGAGCGAUUCUGGAACAAUCAUGGCCCUGAGAACUAACACUGCAACUAUAGAUCAGAGCAACGGAUCGGGCCAAUUGUUUGAGCCAAGUGAUGAUGCUGAAGGGGCUAGCUCUGUCCUGCAGGAGACCGCUCUGCCGGAGUCGGUGGCUUCAGACAGCCAAAGCACCACGCAGCCUUUUGAUCAAGGAUCUGGUUCCGCCAGCCGGCCAGAAACUCCUGUAAGACGGCAGGAAGGUACAUAUGGAGGAGGGACUUUGUGAAAGAGAAGAGGAGGCCAGCCCCUUCGCCUUGAGAGAUCUAUACUACUAAAGCUGCUUGCAUGCAUUAUUAAUACAAAAAUGUGAUCCAACCAUUUA